CAAAAAUAUGGAAUACCCAACAUACAUGUAAAUACCUUAUUCUUCUCUCUCUCUCUCUCUCUCUCUCUCUCUCUCUCCACCUGUAUGACCGUUGCAAAGUCUCUUCGCACACACGUUCCCCCUGCCCCCCUCUCUCUUUCUACAUCUUCCCCUUGGAGAACACAAAAGAUACAGAUUCCUUGGAGUUCGCUUGUGAUGAUGGUCAUGAAGAAAAAAACUUGCAUGCCUUUUCUCAGGAAGCUGAUAGCUUUGGUUUUGGUGUUAGCAGUUAUUGAGAAACAUGAAGUGGGUGCAAGGUUUGUGGUGGAGAAGAGUAGUAUUGCUGUUCUAUCUCCAUUGAAUCUGCGUUCAAGGCGUGACGGUGCCAUAGGGAACUUCGGAAUUCCAGAUUAUGGAGGCUUCAUGGUGGGUUCUGUGUUGUAUCCUGAGAAAGGUUCUAAUGGAUGCGAGGCCUUUGAAGGUGAUAAGCCUUUUAAGUCUAAGUUCCCUCGCCCCACCGUUCUUCUUGUUGACCGAGGAGAAUGCUACUUUGCCUUGAAAGUCUGGAAUGGGCAGCAGGCUGGAGCUGCAGCUGUUUUAGUGGCUGAUAGCGUCGAUGAGCCUCUAAUUACUAUGGAUUCUCCUGAGGAGAGUGCCGAUUCAGAUGGGUACAUAGAGAAGAUUGGGAUUCCUUCAGCUUUAAUAGAGAGGUCUUUUGGUGAGAGCUUGAAGCAAUAUUUGAAAAAAGGUGAGGAUGUUGUCAUAAGACUAGACUGGAGAGAGUCUGUUCCCCACCCUGAUGAAAGAGUUGAGUAUGAGUUUUGGACAAAUAGUAAUGAUGAAUGUGGGAUACGCUGCGAUGAGCAGAUGAAUUUUGUGAAGAGUUUCAAGGGUCAUGCUCAGAUUCUUGAGAAGGGGGGUUACACCCAGUUCACACCCCACUAUAUAACUUGGUACUGCCCACAGGCUUUCAUCCUUAGCAGUCAGUGCAAGUCCCAAUGCAUAAACCAGGGAAGAUAUUGUGCACCGGAUCCAGAGCUGGAUUUUGGAGUGGGAUAUCAAGGGAAGGAUGUGGUCUUUGAGAACUUGAGGCAGCUCUGUGUGCAUAGAGUUGCCAAGGAGAGCAAACGGUCGUGGGUUUGGUGGGAUUACGUUACUGAUUUCCAUAUUAGGUGUUCCAUGAAGGAGAAGAAAUAUAGCAAAGAAUGUGCUGAGAAUGUCAUGAAAUCGCUUGAUCUUCCCAUCGAGAACAUUAGAAAAUGCAUUGGUGAUCCUUUAGCUGAUGUGGUAAAUGAAGUGCUAAAAACUGAACAAGAACUCCAGGUCGGCCGAGGAUCUCGUGGUGAUGUUACCAUCUUGCCAACAUUGGUGAUUAAUAAUAUUCAGUAUCGAGGAAAAUUGGAGAGAACUGCUGUGCUGAAGGCCAUAUGUGCGGGAUUUAAGGAAACCACUGAACCUGCUAUUUGUUUAAGUGGAGAUAUUGAGACUAAUGAAUGCGCUGGAAAUAAUGGUGGUUGUUGGCAGGACGUAAACUCUAAUGUAACUGCUUGCAAGGACACAUUUAGAGGAAGAGUGUGCGAGUGCCCCAUGGUUAAAGGUGUUCAAUAUAGAGGUGAUGGUUACAUAUCUUGUGAAGCUUUUGGACCUGCAAGGUGCUCAAUAAAUAAUGGAGGAUGCUGGUCAGAAAGUAAAAAUGGAUUAACUUUCUCAGCUUGCUUAGAGUCUGAACUCUCUGGCUGUAACUGCCCACAAGGUUUUCAUGGGGAUGGUCUGAAAUGCGAAGAUAUCAACGAAUGCAAGGAACACCUUGCUUGUCAGUGUGAUGGUUGCAGCUGCAAAAACAGUUGGGGUGGUUAUGAAUGCAAGUGUAAAGGGGACCUUCUGUACAUAAAGGAACAAGAUGCUUGUAUUGAAAGAAGUGGAUCAAGAUUUGGGUGGUUCCUAACCUUCGUGGUCAUAGCAGCUGUGGUGGCAGCUGGUAUAGCCGGUUAUAUAUUCUACAAAUACAGGCUUCGGUCUUACAUGGACUCAGAGAUCAUGGCUAUCAUGUCACAGUACAUGCCACUAGACAACCACCAAAAUAAUCAAGUACAAACUCAUGAAGCCGAACCUUUACGACGAGGCUCAGUAUAAGAAUGAGAUCCGAAGGAGUCAGUGCUUCAGUGAAAGCAUCCAUGCAAGAGUACCAUGCCAAUGCUAGCUGUGAAUAUUCAGAUCCAUUUUACCUGUGGUAAACAAAGGACAGGCCCUGUUCUUCCUAUACAAUAUCAGUUUAGAUGACAAUAAGCUACCCAUAUACAAGAAGUUCUGUACAGAACACUUUUUCCUGUGAGUAAAGACAAGAUUUUUGUCAUGCAAAUGUUGUAUUGAGGAGAAAACGGGUUUGUUAUUAUAGUAAAUACAAAUAAAAUUAGGCUUUGUUAAAUAA